UCUGAAUCUGUUGGUCGAUCAGUACGCACUUUGUCGCGAGAAGCUGGAGCUCCAGAAGCAGAGGCAUAGUACAUCCCCGAGACCGACCGCAGAUACAGGAGGGGCUAAUGCACAGGCCGCAAACAGCAACGGAAAACAAAACCAUCAGCACGAGCAGGUAGAGCAGACGACGACGGGACGCAGCGCUGAAUAUCAGGAUCAGCCCGUGACGGUUUUGAACAAGCGCGACCAAAUAACGAAGGCGUCUGCGCAGCCCCAAGCUUCCAG